UGUCCUAAUGUUUGGCAUGGAUGUUCAUGUGGGGUCUAACAAGGACAAUAUGGAUUUAAUUUGGGGAAAAUGGUUUCUAUUUUUGGACGUGUUUGGCAAUUUCUCGGUGGAAGUUUCUCAAGUUGUGUACAGUUCAGUUAGAUCAUGUGUUAUUGUCCUAUUGUUUGGCAUGGAGGUUCAUGUGGGGUCAACAAGUACAAUAUAGAUUUAAUCUAACAAACAAAAAAUCAUUAGAUUGGGUCAGACGGGCGUAUUAUGCAUCCGUUUGCUUACCUCUUGUUUUAAGUAUAACAUUGAUCGUUUUGAAAGGAAAUCUUAAAGUUGACGUUUGCUAUAUGCUGUAAGCAUACAUUUGUUUAUUCGUUGGUUUGAACUGGAGGCGGCACAGUUGCAGGGGGGAUGAUACAAGAAACUUUUUUCCAAAUAAAUAUAACAUGAAAGCAUAGCUAUUCUAACGACAGAAUAAGAUCAAACUAGUUGCCAAUGAUACUUGUGAGCAGUGGUAUGACCGGACACAAAGGAGCCAGCACAAGUGUCGCAUGGAAUCAAUUUAUAAAAUUGUAGUCGUUUUCGCAGGACUAUUAUAGAUCAGAGCAGAUACACCUGGCCCAGGAAUUGCCGAACUAAGAACAAUUUACGUUACCAUCCUCUUUCUUUUCGUUGAUGUCUCCGAAGGCUGAGAGGACGAUGAACACCAAUCAAACUAAACUAUUUUUGCAAAAUUUUCUUCUUGAACUUGUAUUUUUAGAUGAUAUUACGACAUAAAUUUCUUUAUUCGUAAUUAAGUUAUCUCCCUUUAUAUGUACAAACAGAAUCAUUAGUGUCAUUUGAAAUGUUGUGCUAGAGAAAACUUGAUCAUGGACGGGUCUGACUCUAAACCUUGACCUCAUGGAAUGUCCACGACCUGUGGUGGGACUAGUGUCGGCUUAAAUUCCAGAAUUUGUUAAAAUUAUUUUCGUAGUAGCAGUAAACCCUUAGUGAAUAUUUUCACAAUUACGUUUUUAUUUGAUCCUUUCUUGCUAACCCGACAUGCUUACAUUGUUAACAAAAAAUGAAUCGAUUGGUUUUUUUUGUUUUUUUUUAAAAAACAUCGUCUACUUUUAUUAUUUCUUAUAUAUCCAAAUUAAUCAAGUAAAUCUAAAAUUAAAGCUAAAAUCUCAAUGAAUCGGAGAAGCAAAAUAUGAAAAAAUAAACGAAAACUGAAUAUUGUUUAUCCAAUAAUUAAAUUAUCCACAGAACGACAUUCCACUAUAUUCCGGCACAUUUGCCUUAGUCAACUUGACCAAUUGUUAUUUUAGUACAAGAAAACAUUUAUUUUUAAUCUGAUAACAGAAUGACUCCUUAGUGAAGCUAACACCAUUUAUAAGCAAUUCUCCUAUCAUCACUGUAACAGCAAGUGGUUUAUUAUUCAAUGCCAAACAAGACCUUGAUAGACUUCACUUUCUUUUCUCGAAUUUUGGAGACUGGUGUCAUUCAGUAUAGUUACAACAGACAUAAUUCAUUAAAGGAAUGUAAUUAUGACGUAACAAUUGCAUUCCAUGUCACCUGGUACAUUAAAUGACGUCACAAUUACUCGUCCUAGUGACGGCGCUGUUUGUUUGGUUUUACUAAUUGAAAAGAAAACGUGCCGAAAAUUUGAAGAUGUCUGAGAAUUUAUUUGAAGGGAAGAUGUCCCUGUAUGGGAAGACCGACACCACUCCUGGGGAAUUGGCUGGUUUAUGGAAAAAAAUCUUGCAGAGGAGAGACCGGAUAAGUAAUCGUCACCUGUCAAACGUAGGAGAUGGGUCCCAGGACUGGCCCGGCAUCAAACAGUGGUCACGACAAAUGAUUGAUGACAACAAGGAUACAGUUUACGGCCCACGUACACGGACUACCGUGGCGGAUGUGUCGACCAAUUACAAGCGUCUGUUCAACACAAAUUACGAUUACGACAGUAAGAUCCACAGAGAUGACCGCAAGCCUAUGUCUACGAUUGGUCAAGCUGUGCAUGAAGAGGAAACUCGUCGGACUGUUCCGUUGCUGACUUCGUCCCAGUACGGAAACCGUGUGUACAAACCAUUGGAGAACUUCAGCCGUACGCACGUGUGCAUCGAACACGUUCAGAAAGGCUUCUACCACAAACGGGGAACAGGAUUACCUCCCUUGGACCCAUAGACGCGAUAAUCUCGUUGAUAAUCCAAAUAUAUCGUAUGAUAGGAAGUGAAAUAAAUACCUAAAUUAACGUUUUUUCAACGUUGUGUCAUAUCUCAAUCUUACAUAACCAGUAUAUUAUAUGAAUGAAAUUCCUUAGCUACGACACAGAAGUAUUCCUAUGUGAUUUUUAGCUAAAACUGUUUCCAAUUUUCACUAAAAUGGUUUUAGUUGUCGUGAA